CUCGCCCGCACCCUCUUGCCUCGCCGUCGCUCCAUCCGCGCCGCCCACCUUGUCGACCCACCUCGCCCGAUCAUGUCGUCCACCACCACCACGUCGGCCACGAGCGUCGACUUGCUCGCCCAGGCCGCCACCGAGUCGAUCAAGGCCCCGCUGUACUAUUUCGACGGCCACACGACCGACCACAAGCAGCCGUACCAGCUCCAGUACCCUUCCCCUGGGCCGCACCUCCCCUUCACCAACGCUGUCGUGGCGACCUACCCGACCGAGAUCUUCGACAUCCGCCCGCUCGUCGGCACCGACCAAGCCGCGCAGAUCUCUAUCGAGACGACCGGCUUCGGGCUCGUGCCGGCAGAGAGCGCCAAGACGGCGAUGCGCUACGACGACUGGACCGACGAGGCCAAGAUCAAGAGCGUCUACUACAAGGAGGUCGAGGACCUGUUCAAGAAGCAGUACGGCGCCUCGAGGGUCAUCAUCUUCGACCACACGAUCCGCCGAGGCGAGAAGCCCGGCGAGGAGACGCCCGACACGCCGACGAGUCGCAAACCGAUUCCUCGAGUGCAUGUCGAUCAGACCCCCGAGUCGGGCAGGCGUCGGGUACUGCGUCACGGCGGCGAGGAUGGCGAGAAGCUCCUUCGAGGCCGCGCUCAGCUCAUCAACACGUGGAAGCCGCUGCGCGGGCCCGUGCGCGACAUGCCGCUCGCAUUUGCCGACGCGCGCACGCUCGACACGGACAAGGACCUCGUGCGCGCUCGCCUCCUGUACCCGACCGAGGGCGAGUACGCGCAACCCGAGGGCGAGACGCUCACCGUCAAGCACAGCCCGAACCACAAGUGGUACUACCUGAGCGAGAUGCGCCCUGACGAGGUUCUCCUCCUCAAAUGCUGGGAGAGCCUGCCCGACGGCAAGAUCGGCACGAUAACCCCGCACACCGCCUUCCACGACCCGCGCUUCUUCGGCAAGGAGGGCGUCGAGCUGCGCGAGAGCAUCGAGGUGCGCGCGCUCGUCUUCCACGAGGUCGACGAGUAGACGCACGAUCCCUCCCCUCUCUUGUCCUUCUUCUCGCCGCGUCGCCUCCAUGUCAAUAGCCUGUCGUGGAACGUUUUUCGCCGCGUCGUUCGCUCUC